AUGGCCUCUACUACACACUCAGAGUUUGGUAUCCAUACCGAAGCUGUCGAUGUAGCCAAAGCCUUCGCUGAUGGUAUUCGUGGCAAAACGAUCCUCAUUACUGGAGUGAACCGUGGCGGCAUCGGGUUCUCAACCGCUCAUGCAUUCUCUACCCAAUCUCCAGCCUGUAUCAUCCUUGCCGGUCGCAGCCCAUCCAAGGCUCAGGAAAGCACCGAUGGACUCAAAGCCGAGUUUCCAAAUGUUGAUUACCGGUUCCUGGAGGUAGAUCUUUCCAGCCAAGAAUCUGUCCGCAAGGCAGCAGAUGUGGUUUUAUCUUGGUCUGAUAUCCCUGCUAUCGACUUGGUCAUCAACAGCGCAGGCGUCAUGGGUCUUCAAGAGCGCACCCUCUCCAAAGACGGCAUCGAGAUGCACCUUGCAACAAACCACAUUGGCCACUGGCUUCUUACCUGCCUUAUCAUACCCAAACUUGUUGAAGCGGCCGAGGAUAAGCCAAAUGGAUCUGUGCGAAUUGUUAAUGUAUCCUCUGGAUCGCCCAGGUUGGCAAGCAUGCGAUGGAGCGAUAUGAACUUUGACAAAACAAACAAAGACCUUCCUAAGGACGAGCAGCCCAACUACGAAUUCCUCAAAUUAUGGGGAUACAACAACACUGAAGAGGUUGCUUACAUUCCACUGGACGGCUACAACCGCAGCAAAGUCGCCAACGUGCUUUUCAGUAUCGGAGCCAACAAGCGCCUCCUUGCUAAGCAUGGCAUACUGUCGCUGACUGUCCACCCAGGCGUCAUAAGGGGCACCGAGCUAGCAAGGAGCUUCGCCCAGGAGACUCUGGAUGCUGUGGCCAAGCUAGGCGCUAGUGGGUUCUACGAGGCAAAGACAUUGGGUGCAGGGGCUUCGACGAGUCUUACCGCGGCGUUGGACCCUAAGCUGGCUGUUGGUGUAGGCGAGACUCAUGAGGGAAGUGAGAAUUAUGGAGUAUUUCUCGAUGAUUGCCAAGUUUCCGGCAAGGCGGCACCUCUGGCGGUCUCGAGUAGCGAAGCGGAGAAAUUGUGGGAGUUUUCGGAGAAGGUUACCGGAGAAGAGUUCUCUUGGUGA